UUACUGCUGAGUGUGAGAGGAGUGUUUGCGUGUGAAUUGGAGCUUAGGAACAGGAAGUGGGCGUCUCUCUGUCACAGAUCGAGAGCUGCAGAUGAACUGAAUCUACUAACAGCAGAGAAGAUGACUGAAGAAGAGAGAAGAAUGAAGAUCAUCUGGACUUUCACUCUGCUGAUGAUUCCUGAUGUCCUGAGCUCCAUCCGUGUGAGAGGAUAUUCAGGAGGAGGAGUCAUCAUCACAUGCAGAUAUGAUAGAGAAUACAAGAACAAUGAAAAGUAUUUUUGUAGAGGAGAGAAGACAUUUAUACAGACUAAAAAGUGUUCUGAACUCAUCAAGACUGAUAAGAAAAUCAAAUGGGUUGAUUCUGGAAGAUUCUCUCUGUUUGACGACACAACAGCAGCAGUUUUCACUGUGACCUUCAGAGAUCUGAGUGAACAGGAUUCUGGGACGUACUGGUGUGGAGUUGAGAAACCAGGACCAGAUCCUUACACUGAAGUGAAUCUGAUUGUUGAAUCAGGUGAAAAAAUCAGGUCUGUGACGGGAUAUUCAGGAGGAAACGUCAUUAUAAACUACAAAUAUGAGAUACUAGAAGAUAAUUCUGUGAUAGAUGUUUGUGAAGCUGGAACAUAUCAAUGUUUAACUGUAAUAAAGACAGACAGAGCAGCAGAAUGGACACAUGUCGGCCGAUUCUCCGUUCAUGCUGACAGAUCUUCACGUCUCUUACGUGUGUUUAUCAGAGAUCUGAAUGAGAAUGAUUCUGGACAAUAUAAGAUUACAGUCAGAGGUUCUGAAGACUACAGUUUCUUCUCUGAGUUUAAGCUGGACGUUAAGAAGGCUGAUUGUUGUCAGGAGAGCAUCAGUCUCUCCGCUGCUGCAGGAGGAUCUGUGAACAUCAGCUGCAGAUACCCACAAUCCCACAGUGCCGAUGUGAAGUUUGUCUGCAGGAGAUCUGGAUCUGAUCUCUGUGCUGAAGAGACGUCUGUGAAGGAGAGCAGAAGAUGGAGCGCUGAGGGACAGAUGCAGCUGUAUGAUGACAGAGAGCAGCAGCUCCUGACGGGAAUCAUCAGUCAUGUGACUCAACAACAUUCAGCUGAAUACUGGUGUGGAGUUCAGUCUGAUCAAGGACACAAGAGCUUCAUCACACGAGUCCUCGUCACAGUCACAGAUCUUUCAGAAACAACUUCACCACCAUCAUCUUCAUCAUCAUCAUCACCAUCAUCAUCAUCGUCGUCAUCAUCAUCAUCUUCAUCAUCGUCGUCAUCAUCAUCAUCUUCUUCUUCUUCCUUCUCAUCAGACAGAACUCCUCUGGUCACAGGCUCUUCUCUGAUCUCUGUCCCUCUGGUUCUGGUUCUUCUGGUCCUGAUCAUCAUUGGUCUCUUAUUUCGGUUUCUCUAUAAGAAGCAUCAGUCUCGAGGCUGUGAUUCGUCAUCUCGGACUGAAGCAGGAAAACAUGAAGCAGUUUCUCACACUGGAUGUGAUUAUGAGGAGAUUAAAGACACUCACAGACAAUUACCCACAAACCCCUCUGAUUCAUCUAACACUGUUUAUGCCACUGUUCAAUUACCCACAAACCCCUCUGAUUCAUCUAACACUGUUUAUGCCACUUCUCAAUUACCCACAAACCCCUCUGAUUCAUCUAACAAUGUUUAUGCCACUGUUCAAUUACCCACAAACCCCUCUGAUUCAUCUAACACUGUUUAUGCCACUGCUCAAUUACCCACAAACCCCUCUGAUUCAUCUAACACUGUUUAUGCCACUGCUCACUUACCCACAAACCCCUCUGAUUCACACUGCUCAAUUACCCACAAACCCCUCUGAUUCAUCUAACACUGUUUAUGCCACUGCUCAA